CCAGAUAUUGAGCACGCGUCAUUCGAGCCUGCCCAUGCUCGUUUAGUCUCACAGCCUUGUCAAUGAGCCUUGCCGGGGCAUUCCCCGACAUCGGCCACAUCAUAAUGAGCCUAAUCUCUCAUGAACAGAUCAUUCCAGUGCUCAGCUAUUAGACGCUCAACAAGAAUGCGCGGCACAACCACGACCAGCACCACACUGAUCGCCAGGCACCUCGCUCGCUCCUCUCCAGCCCAAAGCCUCGCCAGAUCCCCGUGUCCUCGACCUCAUCAUAUACCACCACUUACAACACAGUCCCGACAUCAGUUCCACAGCUCUCCAACGACAAUGUCAUCCCAAAAAGACUGGAGCGCAUCGCAAUAUCUCAAAUUCGAGCGCGAACGCACCCGUCCAGCAAAGGACCUCCUCUCACAAAUACCCGUCGCAGCGGCAUCUCCCAAACGUAUCAUAGACAUAGGCUGUGGUCCAGGAAACUCCACCGCCAUUCUACGCACACAUUUCCCAGACUCGCAUCUAACAGGUAUCGACUCCUCCCCGGAUAUGAUCGCCAAAGCCCGCCAGACGUUACCAGAAAUUGACUUCCAGCUCGGCGACCUGCAAACAUACCAUCCCGACCCAGACUCUCCCGUUGACAUUUUGUACUCGAACGCCGUAUAUCAAUGGCUCCCACCCGAUACACGUCUCGACACAUUAACCCGCCUCCUCUCCACGCUCAAAUCGGGAGGAGUCUUCGCAUUCCAAGUGCCCGACAACUUCGACGAGCCGACCCACGAAUCCAUGCGCGCGGUCGCUGGAUCCGGCAAGUUCUCCAAGUUGAAGGAUCUACAAUGGGGCAGAGUCCCGUUUCAAUCACCGGCCGAACUCUACGACGCGUUCAAACCGUUGUGCGAGGACGUGAAUAUCUGGCAGACGAGUUACUAUCAUGUCUUGGACGACCAUGCCGCGAUCGUCGAAUGGGUCAAGGGCACUGGGCUUAGACCUUAUAUUGAUCCGCUUGACGAAAACGAGCGGAAGGAGUUCAUGGACAUGUAUCUGGCGAAGAUCAGGGAGGCGUAUGAUCCACUCUAUGACGGAAAGGUGUGUCUCAAGUAUCCUCGGCUUUUUGUGGUUGCUGUUCGAGCUUGAGGGGUGCAUGGCGCCUGGGAUGGAUAGUACUACGGUCUACAGAACAUCCGAAAGAUCGC